CGUGAAUUGAACCAAAUUAUUAGAGUACUAAGCUGACGGACUCGUUAACGGGCAACGUGGAUUUCUAGUCAAUACUUUACGUCGGGAAGGCAUGGAGGACCUGUCCGAAAAAGCACGUCCAGCAUGGCAGACGGACGAUCUCGAGGAAGAAUGGGUAGAAGAAGACGAUGCGUCGUUUGGCAUACAAUCUAUUUCACUCACCGCUCCUUUGCCAGGUUUCCUACACACCCCGGGCUCGGACAAGGACGAUUCAGAUUCGAGUCCGGUGGUAGGAGGCACAUUCUUGAUCAGAGAUGAUGUGCCAGCUACGAACCUCCUCCCCAAGACCCCAGGUCGACAAAACAAGAAGGGCGGCGGCAUCAAAGACAUUUUCUCCCCCCUCCCGUUGGAGAAGAUGUUCGAGCCACCUUCGCCACCUCCGCCCAGACCGGCGGCACUUGCGCUCAGUGCUGCUCCCGCCGUUCCAUCGCGUCUGUCACAAGCAUUCACUCCUGAUGACAGUCAAUCAGAGGUCGAAACCGCCGUAUCGGACAAUCCCCCUCCUGAGUCAGACAUCCUCAAGCCGACGCCAUAUCCGAAUCUCCUUUUGCCACCUUCACCUAAACUCGCUGCAAACAAGUCAAGCACCGAAUACCAGUUCACCUUCUCCGCUCCUCACCGCAGCCCCGUGUACCCCCAAGCACAAAGCACACCUGGUCACCCGAGGAGCAUAGCAAAUCCACCUGCAACCGAUCCGAGAUUGCGCCUGUUUCAACUGCAGUAUGACACGUUCACUCGCGAGCACCUAUCUGCUAUGGUAGAUUCCAUAGCCGUGAAUACGCCCUCCGGUGGAAACUCUGAUGGAAAUGGUUCUCCCUCGAGCAUCGUCCAGCACGCCAUCUUCAAAAAUACGCAAACUCCUUCCGACGACACUCCUUUGCGGAGCAUCAAACGUGUACGGCUGAGUUCUCCGUCAGAGACCUAUGGUGAGGGUGCUGGGGAAGGUGCCACCAUUGCAAGGCCACAAGUUACCAGAAUCGAUUACGUUGGCGAGUCGCGAUCGCUUAUGCAACAAAUUAGACAAGCUAGAGAUUUCUCCACCAUGUCGACAACUGUCACUGCCCAGUCGCCAGCGAGUCAGCCAUCCCAGAAACCUCAAACAACAUCUACAAGAACGUCUCCUUUAACCUCUAACAACAAGGCAGAUAUUAGAGAGUUGUUGGCACCACCAACAAUCGUGGACGACGGACGUAUAGCAGGUUCAUCGCCAUCGACAACUGUGCGCAGUGCCCAAUCGUCUCUCGCAAUCCGACAGCAGGCGGAGGCGUUCAUGCAACAAAUUAAGAAUGAUAUGAAGGGUUCAAAGAGGUUGUUCUCCGGGGAUACAGAGGUCUCUCGUUAUACGCACACGGAGGACGCUCUAGAGUCUAUGGCGGAUGAAUCCCACCAUAGUGCUUGGUCGGCGACCACGCGUGACAAAGACAACCGCAGCCGAAGGAAGUCACCCAGAAUUGGGUCACCUCGCCGACCAUCUGCGUCCUCCAGGCACAGCCCACGGAGGCCCGGGCGUGUUGAGUCGGCGGAACAGGAUCGAAGUUUUGUCCACGAGAUGUCUAACAUGUCGAUCGAAGCACCGUGGCAAGCAGAGUCCUGCACUUCUGCCGCACACAAAGGAGAAGCUACGUCUAAUGCCGUGCACAACAUCCCGGAUAUCCGGGUGACGUCGUCGACAAUAGCCACCGUCCACCUAGCACCACCCCAAAAUCAGCACCACCGUUCCUACCCUUCCUCUACCGCUCACUCGGGGAACAACGAGGACUUAAACCGAUUCGUGUCUACAAGCACUGCAUCUGGAACAAUGGUCACGGCGAGUAGUGCACGGUCAUUUGUCAAGCAUGCUGGCCCCGUUCACAUCACGCACAUCACACCACUGGACGUGCCGUCUUUACCGGAAAGAAUCGGCAAAAUGGUGUAUGAUAAGGAGCAAAUGAGGUGGAGAAAGUCUUCCACUCGUGCCGUGUCCGAGGCAGAUGACCAUAGGGACCAGACGGUUGGUACAGAUGCUGAGAGUGAGGAUCCUUUCCGAGAUAUUGAGAGUCUGCGAGAAGACGACUCUGGAGGGUCGUAUCACGAGCGAGGAGGAGUCGAGGAGCAAGAGGACGAGAACGAAAACGAACAGGACGAGGACCAGGUGGGAGGAGUCGACAUCAGUGGAUUAGAAGAGGUGGGGGAAGGAUAUACUAAUGAUCAGGAGGAAGUUGAUCUCACUUCGUUCACUUUUGAUGGACCAUCAGUUGCUGCGAUUCGUAUGGCAACUUCAGAGGAAGACGAAGUGGAAGACGAGAUAUCUGACUCGGACUCAGACUCCCGGGAUGAGGAAGUGGCAGAUGCAGAGGAUCAGGUUGGGCAACCAGUGUUUGAGUCGGAUGCUGACUUAUCGCAUGAUUCGCCUAUUGCAAACCUCAAGCCAUUGCCAACAGAGAGAUUUAAUGCGAAUUCGUCCGCGUUGACAACGCCCAUGGCUCCCCGAUCGGCGCUGAAGAGUACGAGCGUUACCCCCGUAUCUGUCAUGAAAGACCCGAACCGCGAUAGGUUCCGUACGCCAGCGCAGAAGAUCGGACACCGACGAUCCGUAAGCUUCUCAGACGGGAAACGAGAUGGACCCAUCAGAGGUCUCAGGACGAAGCCACACGAGAGCGACGACGAUGUUGGGACAAGUGUCAUGACAUCCACAACGACUUCACUUGAUCCUAGUGAAUCUUCAUCUGGCUGCUCGCUUUCUGCUAGGUCGAAACGACUGGCGGAAAUGAUGCAUAAGCUCGAAAUUACAGAGGACAGCCCUGGGUCCCCUACGAGGUCCUCGACGUCCAGCAGGCCGUCCGAUCAUCAGCUACUGCCGCUGGGUAAUCGUCGACCGAGCAGUCAGAUGGCCGUGGUGAACUCGAGUGGCGCAACCAGACGGUUGUUUUCGAUGUCUCAGAAGAGUAACUUCACUGAGCAGGAUACUCGUAUGAAUGCGACCUUCUUAACCGAAUGUUCUUUUGGUCUUGCGCACGAUAAACUUGUCCAGGUGAUCACGGACGUGCAGCCCUUUGAGCCGUAUUGGGAGGAGUUGAACUGCAUCGAUCUCUCCCAGAAGUCUCUAGAGAGCGUAGCGAGGUUGAAAGAAUUUAUGCCCAAGCUCGACUCACUGAUACUGAAUGCGAAUCGGCUGUCGUGGUUGAGUGGCAUACCCGGGUCCGUGCGGACACUUUCUGUCGCAUCGAAUCUUUUGACAGCCAUCACCUCUUUCAGUCACUUACUGAAUCUCGAGAACUUGGAUAUCAGCCAUAAUGAAAUCGACUCGUUGACACAAUUGCAGUGUCUCCGCCACCUCAGAGAGCUGCGAGCAGAUGGCAACAAAAUCACCGGCCUCGAAGGCCUCCAGAAAUUAGAUGGGCUGACGAAGCUGAGCGUUCAGGACAACCUCAUUCAAGAAAUUGACCUGAGUUUGUACCGCUGGCCCAGAUUGGAGAUGCUCAACCUGAGUCAGAACCGACUGACCAAGAUAUCCGGAUUGGCUGCGAGCCUGCCUGCACUAAUUGCCUUGAACGUCGACGGGAAUGCACUGGAACAAAUCGAGCCCGGAGGGACGAUGCCAAGACUGCGCAUUUUACGGGCGAGCAAUAAUCGACUGCAAACGUUGAACGUAGCACCACUCGGAAAUCUACGCACACUAUAUGUGGACAAUAACUCCCUUCAAGGUCUCGUAAAGGGGGAACGCUUGGGAAAGCUGGAGAACCUUAGCAUGCGAAACCAGAGCUGUCGUGACUUUCAUCUCCCCACUCGGCAGUUUCGGGACGUAAAGAGGCUGUAUCUCUCUGGCAACAAGCUGAAGAGUGAUUUCAUCGACGAGCCGUGCUACAAUCUCAUAUAUCUCGAGGUGGCUGCGUGCAGGCUAACGGGACUGCCACGCCAGUUGGGACAGCUGGUGCCCAACUUGCGAGUGUUGAACCUCAAUUACAAUUUCUUGGAGGACGUGGCUGCGCUAGAAGGCCUGACGAGAAUGAACAAGCUAACCAUGAUAGGAUCCCGCUUAAAGGGAACUAAACCGCUGAUCCGUGUCCUUCAACGGAUGCCCGAACUGGAAAUGCUAGAUGUGAGGAUGAACCCCUGUACACUUGGGUGGUACUUGCCCCUUUUGGUGCGGGACGUGCCUGACGCGCUCCAACCGUCCGAGAAUGGGGGGCAUGAACAAGGGCAGGGUGGAUUGCAACGGCAAGGAGGCUGGCGAGGGGACCGUGGAUACGGGUGGCAGGAACUAGAUGCCAAGUUCCGUCGGGACCUACCGGAUGAUGUCUACGUUGGGCGACUGGCCUACAGGGGACUUGUGAUGCGGGCCUGUUCUCGAGUGCGGAUGUUAGACGGGGUGGAGGCGACGGAGAAGGAGCGGACAAAGGCUAAUCAUCUACUACAGGGCAUUCUGAGCAAGCAGCAGAAGACGAUCAAAGGUCUGAAGGGCAAGUCAGGGUCAGCAGGGAAUAGUGCGGGUGCCGAAGGGUCCUAACGAUAUCUCGGCAUCAUAGGUUGCAUGACGACAGCCUUUUGGGAGAUGUGAUAUUUGCAAGCUAGCUUUGAUCUACAGACUCAGACUUGUACUAGAAGGGAUCUGUCGACGGGUUUUUGCUAUGUAUUAGGGCGUUGUUUUCUAAUGGAAGUGGCCGUGGGAAAGGCUUGUAUGAUUACGUACGAAAUUUGAUGGCGAAUUGGAACGAUCCCGCAAGAAGCAACGGAAGGGAAUUCGGCAUCGGAAUGUGUUUGGUUCAGGGCAAUCUGGAUCUCGUGAUCUUCGGCGCGUCGUUCGGUGCAGUAUACACAUACCCAUCCCAGGGUAUUGUGAUUAUUCAUGUGAUAAUUAUAAUGGGGUGACCGUGAAGACUAGUAAACUGGAGGGUCCAAGGUAUUGAGGAAUGGUGAGGACGCCG